AAACGUAAAAAUAUAAAUCUGCGCCUGAUUCUCGUCAGCGGCAAAACAAAAGAGUUUUUAUUCAGCCCUAGUGAUUCCGCUGGGGACAUUGCACAACAUGUUUUUGACAAUUGGCCGGAUGAUUGGUGCCAAGAAGCUGUCUCAAAGGCUGAAAUACUCAGACUUAUCUAUCAAGGUCGCUUUCUUCAUAGUAACGUAACUUUAGGUGCACUAGGAUUACCAUUCGGAAAGACUACAGUGAUGCAUUUGGUUCCGAGGGAAACACUUCCAGAGCCUAAUUCGCAAGAUCAACGACAAAAGAGCAAAGGUGGUAACAGUAGUUGCUGUUCAACAUCUUGCUGCAUCUUGUAAACCGUAGUACGAACACCGAACAAAAUUUUAUCCCAGAAGAGACUAGAUACAAAAAAAGAAGCGGUAACCAUAUGAAACUAAGUAAGAAUUAGAGUGAAAUUUUUAACUCCAGAUGCGGUUAAGAGGACUUAGCCUAAAAAAAAUUAAGUAAAGUUGUGAUAUACGUGUAUAAAAUAUAAAAAAUCGAUACUCAAUGUGCCAGACUAUAAGUGUGUGAUCAAAACGAACACUGCAAUAGUAUAUUUCGUACAGGAUGAUAAUUUUAAAACAAGACUGCCCAGUGUCAUUAUGUGGAAAUGCAAAACGUAGUGUUGGAUCAUACCUCUGCAAUAAAAAAAUCCGCCACUAAUGUUGCUUUUAAAUUUUUCUGUGUACAUUAUUAACAUGUCAGAAAGUAACAACAGAUUAGUUUAUCCUCAUUAAUAUCAUUAUCUUUAAGUUUAUCCAGAUUUUUCCUAGUUAGUUUCUUUACAUGUUUAUGUCUUGGAUUACCUAUAUAAAUUCCAAUGUGCGUCACAGAAUUAUCACAUCCCUCACUACGUUUAUGUCUUUCUACACUUCUUCACCUUAAUUUUCAUUUAAUAUUUGUCACCAUAUAUACUACUUCUAAGUUCUACCGGUUUUUAUCAAAACUUUUACUGCAGAUUUUCCUGCAAGUAGUAGGUACCCAUCACAAUAUACUUUUAAUUCAAAUCAGAUCCAAUUAUAUUUCUUAUUGAUAACUUUUGUAACACUGAAGGACAGUAAUGGAGAAACCAAAAAUUCGUAUUUGAAUAAUAUAUAACAAAAUCAACAGGGUUUUUAUUUAUUUUUACAAUAAUUUUGAUGACUCAUCGAAUAAUGUCGGCGCAGCUUUGACGGUGCAUGUAAAAUGCAGCCUUGACGAACUCCUCGCUUUAUUGGAAAUUCUUAAGAGGUUUCAUUUUCUACUCGUACAAAAGCCAUUUGUUGUAGGCACAAGUUACUGAUUAGGCGGAAAUAGCUGUCGUCUAUACCAGAUGCCUUUAAUAUUUGAAUCAGUUUUUGUAUUUUUCUUGAGUUUGUCAAAUGCUUUCUCGAAAUCAAUAAAGCAUGCGUAAACACCGCAAUUUACAUCUCGAGCUCAUUGCUAAAAACUUGUAAAAAUACUGCUUUUUGUGCUCCAACUCCGUUUCAAAAGCUAAACUGAACAUUACUAAUGUUUUCCUCAAGUUUUCUGUGUAUGCGAGAAUGAAUCACAACAGGAAGAAUUUUAAUUGCAUGGUUCAUUAGGCUUAUAUCCUGUGUUCGGAGCAUUUGGUGGCAAGUUUUUUAUAGGAAAAAUAAUGCAGAUGGAAACUAGCCAGUCUCUAGGACUCUAGGCAAUUCACUGGUUUUAUUAAAUCUUAUUAAGUUUAAGUUGAUCAUCUUCAAAGAGUUUUCUCUUUAUUGUAUGUUAUCUGGCUACGGUGCUUUAUUGUUAUUUAAUCGUUUUAUUAGCCAAGAACAUAGAUUUCUGGCUAUUGAUAUUCUUAGAAUAAUUCUUCCAUGUAUUCCAUGUCCCUUCAUGUCUCAAGUAUUCUCCCAUUUUCGCAAAGCAGCUUAUUGUGUUUGUCGAAUAUUGAAAUAUUUCUUCGCGACUUGUUUCCUCAUAUUACGGUUUUGAUUUUCUUAUGUAGAUUAAAAAUGUCAUAUUUCUUUUCCAGGGACUCUAUUUCAAUGCAAUGAUUCCGAACUAUUUUGCUUCUUUGAUCUCUUGUAAAUAAUUCUAUUUAUUUCUUUGUACCGUCUUUCAUCUUUGUUUAUAUGUAUUUUCUUCGAUCUUCCAUGAUUCUAAUAUUUCUUUUGCAGACUUUUUUCAGGUGUAGCUUAAACCAACCCAACAUAAGAUUAUGGUCUGAGGGAAACAUCAGCUCUUGGAUGUUUUUGCAGAUUUUUCGGAAUUUUGAAGUAUUUUUUGUUUAUGAUGAUAUACCUAGUCAAUCUGGUUUCUGAGAUAUUUUUAGGGACAAUCAGCUGGAGAUUCUCAGUUUUCGAGGUGGCAACUGCAAAAAAGUGUUCAUUAUCACACUGUCUAUUUCUUGACAGAACUCGAUCUCCUCUAUCCAGAGUCGAUCUCCUGUAUCCUUCCUUAUCUUCAAUCCAAAGUGCUACAGUAUUGUCAACGACUCCGUUUUUUAGGCCUUAAGGGCAUAAAAAUAUCAAAGCCUUCAUAAAAAUCUAAAAAUCUCGUGUUGUUUUUGAUAUUGCCUCCAUAAUCUUGGAAUACUGAUCAUUAUUUUGGCACAUAAAACUUUUGUUAUUAUUUAAAAUAUAUUUAUUAAUGAAUUAUUCCCCUUGUACUAUAUAUGUCAGCAAUAAAUAAAUAUAAUAUCAACAUAGUUUUUUUAACUUUACUUGCUCAAAAAACCCUUUUUUUGAUAGAUAAAAAUGAUAGAUAUUUUUUAAUACAUUAUUAGUUAAAGUUCUGCAAGCAGACUAAGAGAGUGAUUAAUUUAAUAUUCAGCUCAGCGGGGUGCUAUCCUUCAAAGCGUGAAUUUCUAUCAUCAAGGGAACUACCUGUUUUAUGGAAUAAUCCCUUGUUUCUUUAAGAACACAUUUCCAUCAAUAGUACUCCGCUGCGCUGAGCUGAAUAUUAAUGGCUCUCUUAGUUUGCUUGCGGAACUAUACGAUGAAUGGCACUGAGUAUUUUUGUCUAAAGCGAUCAUCCGGGUAUGUUUCUGUGUAAUUAUAAAUAGUUGUAUAUUGUUUUAUAUUUUAGGAUUGUAAUAAUUUUAUUGUUUUCUGUCAUAUUGUUCGUCCCCAUCAUCCUGUAAAUGUUCCCAUAUUCAUCUGUCACUACUAAGGAAAAUUAAAUGAUAUUAUCUAUGUAAAAAAGUACUACCUCGAACAUUUGGAAUUCUUAGUAAAAAGUUUACUGAAAAAAUAAUUUUAAAUUUUUAUUUUUUUUUUAAAUAAAAUUUAAAAUAAAAUAAUUUUUUUUAAUAUACAGGUUGUCCAGAAACUUUCCUGACAAACGAAUCCGGAGAUUCCUCAGAUAAUUUUAAGACAAUUUAACCCAAUUCACCUAGUCCAAAAAUGCUUCCUAUGGCAGCUAGAGCUCCUUAAAGAUGGCGUCUUGUAAUUAGUUUUUUUAAUACCUCCAGAACGAUUGUAUUUAGAAAACGAAAACUGGUACGCUUAUUUAUCUUCCAGAGAUAAAUCGUUUCCAUCAAUUGCGAAUUUCUAGUACCAGUCAUAGGCGUCCGUUUUGGGUAGGUCAACGGUUAUUUUAUCGUUAUAAUUUUUUUGUCUUUAACUUUUUGGAAUUUUUGGCACUAGAAUAUUAACCUGUAAGACAUUUUGAUACUAAAAGGUAUUCUUGCUUUAAGUCGGUAUGAUACACCAUUUUCUAGAAAAAUCGAUUUGAAAAUUUUUCGUUUUUUUGAAAUUGAAAAAAAAAUUCAAAAAUAAACGGUGUGUUUUACCGACUUAAAGCAAGAGUAACUUUUAGUACUAGAAUACCUUACAAUGUAAUAAUCUAGUGUAAAAAAUGGUUAAAAGUUAAAAGAUAAAAAGUUUUCGAUACAAUAAUCGAAUAACCGUUGACCUACCAAGGACGCCUAUGACCGUUACUAGAAAUUCGCAAUUAAUGGAAUCGAUUCAUCUCUGGAAGAUAAUUAAGCGUGCUAGUUUUCGUUUUUCUAAAUAAAAGCGUCCUGGAGGUAUUUAAAAAACUUAUUACAAAGUGCCAUCUUCAAAGAGCUACAGCUCCCUUAGGAAGCAUUUUCGGACUAGGUGAAUUGGAUAUCAUGUUUUUAUUACUUUCCAACUAUUUGCCAAAAUCCACAUGUUUGUAGACCAGAACUUUGAUUUGUUUUUGUAUAACCAAACCAGAUAAUCCUUGAAAAUACAAUCACUAGGAAUGAUUUGUAUAGGCACAUGUAAAAUUUUUUGUUCGACGCAGUGCGCACGUUUAUCAAAUUUCUGUCGCCAUUUUCUUUAUACAUCUAUUGUACAAUCACAAUAAAGAUGCACUAGAAAUAAACAAACCAAGACACGUUGAAUGUUAUGAGGAGCACUCCCAAAUCAUAAUUUACAAUGUAUAUACAUUGUAAAUGUAUAUACAUUGUAAAUCCCUAAUCAUGAUUUACAAAGUUUAUACAUUGUAAAUCAUGAUUCUGGAGUGCUCCUCGUAACAUUCUACGUGUCUUGGUUUGUUUAUUUCUAGUGAAUCUUUAUUGUGAUUUUAGUAUAGAUUUUAUUUAUUAAUGAAAAAAAAAAUAAAAACCUUAUCUUGUAAAAAAUUCCUAAAAGGGGUUAUAUCACAACAAAACGUUUUCGGAAUCAAUAUUCCAGCAUCAGUGUUAUCACAGGUUUACAUGUUUUAAGCCACCAAGGCUUAAGUUGUUUUGAGUCUUGAGUUGUUUUAAAAUGUAUUUUGGUGGCUUAAAGCAUAUAAACCUGUGAUAACACUGAUGAUGGACUAUUGAUUCCGAAAACGUUUUGUUGUGAUAUCACCCUUUUUAGGGAUUUUAAAUAUACCUUUUACAAGAUAAGGUUUUUAUUUUUUGUGAUUUAUGGUAUACAGCCAGUUACAAGAAUUUUCCUUGUAAUAUUUUUAUUAUUAAUGCACUUCUUUUUUUUUCAGUAAAUCGAAAUACAUUCUUUAGUUUUUGUUUAAUGCUGGUAAUUAACGAUUGCCUAGAAUGAAAUCCGUUUUUACUAAGAGGCUUCCAAAUGUCGAAAAAAUAUGGAUAAUAUAAAUAAAUGUGCUAGCUUUACACAAAAUUGUGCUGUUCCGUAGAAUAAAAGACACGUCUGUAAUACUGUCUUCAUUGAACAGCUUGUUAGUAUUAUAUGAAAUUUAUUGUAUUUCUUUAAACAGUUUUUAAACCUACAUUUUUAGUAUUUUGUUCAGAAAGAAAACUUAUCUAUUGUUCUAAAUACAUCAGGAACAUUCUUCCUUUAUGAUUCUAUUUUAAAAUAAUAAACAUUUUGUCAAGAAAUGUUCUUAUGAUUUUUGCUGUGGGUAAUAAUAUGCUUAAUUUACAUUUUAUGAAAUGAACAGACUCUAGGAUCUAGAACAAACUAUUUCUAGGAUCCUUUUUUUUUAAUUCAAUCCAUUCAAUACCGGCUACGCAGCUACUGAUCUAUGCCGAGCAUUGAUUGUUUACCCCGGUCUAUAUAGACAUUUGAAAUAACAAAAAUUGCCGGAGAGCCAAAUUUUGGUGGAGAGCUAGGGUAUACCAUAACAAAUAAAGUAUUAAAAGUCCCCAUCGAUCCCAUGUGUGCAACAAAAGUUAUUCGGGGUCAAAGGUCAAAACGGUAAGUUUUAUCAAAAAAGAACCUUAAACCAAAGUUGCAGAUCUUAAAAUUCUCUACAAAAAUAGUGUUUACUAUUUUUUUCCUAAGAGUUGCCAUUCCUGAGAUAUCGCGAUUCUAAGAGUCACAUUAUACAUGAUAUGCACGCACACGUUUCCACACCACCUGCACCUGUGAGGUAAUGUACUCGGCGCGUUUUUUUACCUUGGUUUUCCCUGUAGGCCUACUCCACUAACUAUUUUGACAAUUUUAGGAUAAUUUAAGGAAACAAUACCGGUCAAAUUCUAGAUAUUACCUUAUUAUUGAUAUUGAUUAUUGAUAUUGCUAUUGAUUAUUAGGUUAACUAUUGUUUUGAUUUCUUUAGAUAUUUUAAUCAGAUUCAUAUUCUUGAAAGUCUACUUCAAGAGUCAAGUCUUCUUCGAUUUCAUCUUCCUCUUCCUCUUGCUGGAUGUUCAAAAAUUGUUCAAAUGUGACUGAGUCAUUGGUCUCUUCAUUAAAAUCACAGGAGUCUUCCUCUGUUGUACUAAACUGGACAUUUGAACAAGACUGACCUUGGCAGUUGGUACACGCUAGAGAACACAGCAACCCGACUUAUUUACAUCCACAUUUGGCACUACAACCUUUUUUGCGAUUGCAAAAAAUAGUGUUAAGGAGUUUUUCUGGAGCAGGUGGGAGUAAGGUUUUAAUCGGUUCCAGAGUAUUAUCUAUUAAUUUCCAACCCCAGUCUUCUGGAUUCAAUUCAUUGCCUAGCCAUGUUUGAACUUGAUAAUAUACUCGAUACAAAUGUUGAAAAGCAGAUGCUGAUGUUGGAGGAAGACAUGAUAGUUGUACUUGUUUCUUGUUUCGCGUAUUUUUUACAAAAGUUAAGUAUCGGUAUUUAUCAAGACAACUAAUUUUUUUUGAGCUCCAUAAACCGCAAGAAGAAAGCGAAUUCCUUCCGUAAUUAUUGUUUCGGUGUGGAAUCAAGUUCUGUAAAAUCUUUACAGUUACAGCAGUCAGUCAAAUCUUUUUUUUUUUUUCGAAUAAUUUAAGUACUGACGUUUUGCCCCUUCUGUACAUUGCUAACGUAGUGUCGCAGCCGGUUAUCGCAUGUAAAAAUAAAAUGUACUUUUGGCAUUUGGGAUAAGCCGAUAAACUUUUCGAAGAAUAUAUCUCUGUUCGCUGUUGAGCCCUUCCAGGUUUCAGAAAAUAAAUAACUUUAUCUACUGGAGUCCUUGCAGUAAGCAGUGCUAACAAAUCAACAUCUUCACCAACUACAAUUGUUGUGUUUGUUGCCUUAAAUUUUUCAAUUGCUGUCUCAAUUAUAAGGACAUCUACGUCAUUUUUAGCUUGUUUCAUGGAAAUAGCAAGUUUCAGUUAACAUGGAAAUGAAACGAGAUUUAUUAUUAAUGUUAGCGAAAAAUUGUUGUUGAUUCGCUGGAACUGUUAUAUUUUCAUCAAAGAUAAUCUCGGAACCCGAUGAUGUUUUUGUAGUUCGACGACGUUGUUCUGCAGCUUUAAUAUUCUUUGUUGAGUCACUGUAGCCGUCAAAUACCACUGUCACUGUAAGCCCGUAAUGUCUGCUAAAUGGUAGACGCUUGUAAUAAGCACUUAUAUUCACUUGAACUGAACCUUUAGCACUAAAAGAAACAGAUAAUAUGAACAGGACCUACGGACAAUACUGUAGCCAUUGUUUACAAUAGACAGUCUGUUCUUUUUUAAACAAUGGUAUAGCCAGAUGUUUUUAAGGCCACGUGGAUAGAGGAAAUUCAGUUUGGGACUGAUUAUCUUUUGAAGAAAUAUUUUCAGAAUAGUAUAAUAUAUUAUAUAAAAGAGACACAAAUAGGCAUUUAUACUUGUCUUAAGGCCACAUUAUGCAUAUACGUGGCUUAUAUGUGCAUAUAAUGUAUAAAGUAACUUUUAAAAUCGCGAUAUCUCAGGAAUGGUAACUCUUAGGAAAAAAAUUGUAAGGACUAUUUUUGUAGAGAAUGUUAAGAUCUACAACUUUGGUUUGAUGUUUUAUUUUGAUAAAACUUACCGUUUUCGAGAAAAAUCCAAAAAAUCUCAAAUUUUGACCUUUGACCCCGAAUAACUUUUGUUGCACACAUGGGAUCGAUGGGGACUUUUAAAACUUUAUUUGUUAUGGUAAACUCUAGUUCUCCACCAAAAUUUUGCUCUCCGGCAAUUUUUGUUAUUUGCCAACUAUUUUGAUGUCUAAGUUGACCGGACUAUAAGUGCUUUCAAUAAUGCACUCACAGCAGGCAUAAUAUAUCACAUACAUGUCAGUUAUGCUCUUUUAAUAUUUUCUUUCCUCUAUUGUUUAUUAAAACAUGAUAGGUAACCAACAUUACUUUGUGAAAGUCCUAGAGAGGUCAAAGAAUUACGUUUGUUGUUUAUAUUAUAUUUUGUUUUGAUACUUUAUGAGUACCUAACUAACCUAACUACAGAAAAGGAAAAAUAAUUCCUGAUAUGAUAGAAUCCUUGGAGUUAAUGCUAUGCUUAGUAGCGAAAUAUAGAUAUAGUUUGAACCUUUCUUAAUAACUUUGUUCAUUCAACUUCCAACACCAACGACGUUUUGUGAUAUUUUAUUUUGCGUCGUUAUAGUGGAGUUUUGCAGAAAUAUAUGUAUUUCAUGAUCUCAAACAAGCUUGAGUACCACUGAUAGAUCCUUUAUUGCAAACUAAUUAUGUGCAUCUAUUUUUGGUGGUAUACUUAAACAUUCAAAUGUCAUUUGCUGAUGCACUUGAAUAAACGCUCAAGUUAUCGUCGUUUUAAUUCAGAUCUAGGAUUUACAUUAAGAAUACUCAGCGAGUUAGUACUAGGAGUAGUUUGUUUUGUACUAAUAUUGUUCAUUUUGCCAACUGGGAUAUAUCGAUAGUUUGUAUUUUCUAUAUUCUAUGGAACAGUAUAGACAUAUUUUCAAAAUAGAAUGCUUUUAUCCAAGAGAAACUUUGUGAAAAGAUUUUUAACAUCACGAAAAGUUGACAGGUGUUUUAAUCCAGUUUUUUUAAUUCAAUAAUCAAUCUGGUCUGUCAAUAAAUCUUUGUAUGUAAUCAAAGGCAUAUGUGAGUAAUUAUCAAGUAUGAGUAAUUUAGAUAUAUAUACAAAACUUUUUGGAGUCUUCUAAGUAUAUAAAAGUAAUAAAAAGGGCGAAUCUCAUACAAUACUUAGAUUUAGUAAGUCACAAACAUCAAUUUUUAGUUUAUUUUAUAGUUGGAACAUAAGUGAGACUCCUCUUUGUUAUUAAAGGAAUUAUUUGCAGCAUAUAUAUUUAUUAUUUUCCUGUAUGCUCAAUAAUCUUCGAUGGAUUAUGUCUCUUAUUAGUACUUCGAUUAUUAAAAAAGCAAAAAUGAUAAUAUCAUAUUUGAUUUUUGAUUACAUAUACAUACAUUGACACUCCCUGAAAACAUUUCCACGAUCCUUGUAUAAUAUGUUGAUUUUUAGUUAUUUAGAAUCUUUUAUUUUUAUAUUUUAGUUCAAUUGUAUAAAGACAGUCAUUGUAGAAUAUAUAGCAAACCAAGGUACUCCCAUUACUUCCUUGGAAAUACGGUUCUUUUUACUAUCCAAAAGGAACUUUGGCGUGUUAACGUUUUUUAAUGUGAAUAAUGAAUAUAAUUUUAAUUUCUA